UCCCUCGGAAUCGGAGUCUGCCGCCGCCGCCGCUUCGUUCAGCGUGAGUCCCCGAGAGUCCAGGCCCGAAACACGCCACACGCCGCAACUUUGGACCCGAACCAUGCCUCGAGUUUACAUCGGCAGACUUAGCUACCAUGUCCGCGAGAAAGACAUCCAGAGGUUUUUCAGCGGAUAUGGCAAGCUCAUGGAGAUCGAUCUAAAAAACGGGUAUGGCUUCGUGGAGUUUGAAGACAACCGUGACGCCGACGAUGCCGUUUACGAGCUGAAUGGGAAGGAGCUAUGCGGGGAGCGGGUGAUAGUGGAGCAUGCCCGCGGACCCCGCAGAGACCGAGACGGCUACGGUGGGGGUUACUGGGGUGGUGGGCGCAGUAGUGGUGGUGGUGGUGGUGGAGGCGGCGGCGGUGGUGGUGGUGGUGGAGGAUACAGCAGCAGCCGGAGUCGCUCUGGCAGAGACAAGUACGGGCCCCCGGUCCGUACUGAGUACCGCCUCAUUGUGGAGAACUUGUCCAGCCGCUGCAGCUGGCAAGACCUGAAGGACUUCAUGCGUCAGGCAGGAGAGGUGACCUAUGCAGAUGCCCACAAGGAACGCACCAAUGAGGGAGUGAUUGAGUUCAGGAGUUACUCAGACAUGAAGAGGGCCCUGGACAAACUGGAUGGAACGGACAUCAACGGCAGGAAGAUCCGCCUGGUGGAGGACCGGCCCAAGAGGAGGAGGUCAUACUCAGGCAGUCGCUCCAGGUCUCGUAGUCGGCGCCGCUCUCGCAGCAGGUCCAGGUCGAGGUCCAGGAGCCGCUCCAGGUCUCACUCCAGAUCUCGUUCCCGUAGCAACAAGAGACGUCAUCACUCUCGCUCUAAAUCUGGAAGGAAGUCCCGCUCAAAGUCUGCAGGGAGUAAAUCUCGCUCCCGUAGGUCCAGGUCUCUUUCUAACAAGUCCAAGUCCCGGUCCAGGUCUCGUAAGUCCAGGUCUGGUUCAGCCGAGCGCAAGUCCAAGUCUCGCUCCAAGAGCCGCUCCAAGGUGAAGUCUGAGCGAGACUCACGCAGCAGGUCCAAGGAGCCGUCAGGAGACAAGAAGUCCCGCAGCCGCUCUGCGUCUCCCAUGGAGAACGGGAAAGGGGACCACGCCAAGUCCAUGUCCCGCUCGCCAUCGCCGCAGGAGGACGAGCGCAGGUCCAAGUCCAGAGAGAAGCACUCGGCCUCACGCUCAAAGUCCAGAUCCAAGUCCCGCUCCAGGUCUAGGUCUAGGUCCAGAUCAGCUUCUCAGGAGUAGUGUUGAUUUCCCUUUUUGUUUUCUUAAGAUGUAUAUAAGAUGCGCUGUUGAACUAGGUGUCACUUCCCAAUUCAACAAACUUUGUCUUGAGGGUGCACUCGGCGUGAUGUUCAAGUGGUUUGUCAUGGCUCAAAUCAAUUUAAUUGAUGAAAUUAUUUUGCUUUCAUGGAGCUUUGCACAGAUUUGCAGAUUUUCGAUCUGGGCUCAGGCAGAUGUAAUGGCAUUGAGUGCCCCCCUUGUUAACCACAGAAAGUCAAGGCAUCCUUCGCUAAACUGAGUGUUUUGUACUUCACAUUUGAACAAUGUACAAAUGCCCCAUGAUCCCUUUUUUAUUGAUGUAGUUUGUGUUUAGUAUCUAAAUGCUUUUGUUUGCUUUUUCAUUUCAGUGAGCCCUCUGGUUUUUCCACAUAUUGCUCAAAUGUAACAGCAGCUUUUGAAUUAAAUGCUUGACAACGUUGCAUAUUUUUAAUUUGCCAUACCAGGGCUUUACAUUUAGUGUAGCUUCAUUGGGUUUAAAAAGACCGCAUUCCCAUGGGAUUACCCGAAAAACCCCUUCACUUCAUCUGUGGAAUAUAGUUUUUUCAUGCUAACAGGUCCAGACUGGAUGUUUUUUAUUAUGUGUAUGAAUAAAAGGUCUUAAAGAAAA